CAACCAAGUUGUAAACAAAUUGAUAAUUAAAUAUAAUAAAACAAUUUAAAACAAUGGCAGUGCCCAAGCGCAUGCUGAUAAUCGACAAUGGUUCGUAUGAAUGCCGCGUCGGGUGGCACGACACAAAGCAGCCUGAAUUGAGGUUUCGCAAUGUACUGACAAAACCACGAAAGGAUCGCAAGAAGGACAACCAACUGCCGGAUGCCUCUGCGCCUGCAGCAACAGCAGAGGAGCUAAAAGCCAGCGCAGAAAUCCAAAUAGGCAAUGACAUAACUAACAUUGAGGCGGUGCGGGCACAUCUCAAAUCACCCUUCGAGCGUAAUGUGAUUACCAAUUGGAAUCAUCAGGAGCAAAUUUUCGACUACAUCUUCAGCAAAAUGGGCUUUGAUGGAGAAGAGAGCAUUGCGCAUCCGAUUGUGCUGACCGAAGCUUUGGCCAAUCCAAAUUCGUGUCGCCGCCAAAUGAGCGAACUGCUCUUCGAGUGCUACGGCGUGCCUGCGCUCUCCUACGGCAUUGAUGCUCUCUAUAGCUGGCAGCACCAUCAACAGAAACAUAAGCUCGUAGCAGAUGCACUUAUUAUAUCCUUUGGGUAUAGCACAACGCACGUGAUUCCUGUGUUGGCUAACAAAAUGCAGCUGGAGCACGUGCGUCGGCUGAAUGUAGGUGGAUUUCACAUCAAUAAUUAUUUAUUUCGGCUGAUGCAAAUGAAGUACCCGGUGCAUCUGACUGCAAUCUCCAGUCGCAUCGAGAAACUGGUGCAUGAACAUUGUCACAUUGCACUGGACUACAAGGAGGAGCUGCUCAAAUGGGCACAACUGGAUUACUACGAGAACAACAUCAUGAAAAUCCAACUGCCUUACAAUCAGGUGACGGCGACCAAUGCACUGCUAACUGUCGAGCAGAAGCAGGAGAAGCGUCGCGAGCUGGCCCUGCGGCUGCUGGACAUUAAAAAUCGUCGCGAGCGCGAGAAGCUGCAAGAGGAUGAAGAGUACUUGCAGGUACUGCGCAAGCUGAGGCAGCUUUAUGAGCAGGAAAAACUGCAGAAAUUCGAACGUGCGCUGCAACAACAGCAAAUUGCCAAUCUGGAGGAGCUUGACAAGCUAAUGGGCACAUUAACUUCGCGCAUAAAACGCGUUAAGGAACGCGCUGUGGGCCAACUACGGCCCAGCAAACAGCAGGACAAGCUGGACAAGAUGCCCAAACCGCCAGAGGGCAUGCCGCAGGCUCAAUGGUUGUCGGAGCUGCGCGACAAGCGCAAGGAGUUGUUGCAACGCAAGCAGGCUCGCCAGCAACAGCGUCAGGAGCAGGCCAAGCGUCACACGCACGCAGCCCAGGAGCGCAUGCGCAUCAUCUCUACGCUGGCGCGCAGCGAGAAGCGCCGCAAAGCCAACGGCGGUGAUGAGGAGGACGAUGGCUUUGGCAUGAACGACAACGACUGGGAUGUGUACAAGCGCAUCAAUCGCUACAACGACGACAGUGAUUCGGAUGCGGAAAACGAACAGAUGCUCGAGUACGAGAAAAUCCUGCAGCACUACGACGCCGGCUUCGAUGAUGCCAACAAUGCAGCCAUGCAGGCGCUCAUUGCAGCCGAGAACUAUCAGCUGCACUUUGGCGUGGAAGCCAUACGCGUGCCGGAGAUACUCUUUCAGCCAAGCAUGAUUGGCUGCACGGAAGCGGGUCUGGCGGAGCUGAUUGCGUUUGUGCUGAAACUUUUCACGGCCGAGCAGCAGCAGCGCCUGGUGGAUCAUGUCUAUUUAACGGGAAGCUGUGCGCAGUUUCGUGGCCUGAAGGAAAGAUUGGCUAAAGAGCUGCUGGAACUGCGACCAUUUCAGUCCAGCUUUGCCAUCUACGAGUCGAAUGAUCCCACAUUGAGCGCCUGGCUGGGUGCAUGCCUGCAGGCCAAUAGCAAGAACUUCAGCGGAUCGCUGACAACGCGAAAGCUGUACCAGGAGUAUGGCGGCGAGUACUUCAGGGAGCACAGUGCGAGCAAUCUCUAUUAUCCUACACCAAAAGAUUAGAUUUUAUUGUAAUAA